AUGGAUGUUUCUCUGGACGCCAACAUUCUCGACCAGCUCAAUACCACUGAGACUAAAGCCCUCCACGAUAUAAGCGACAGUCUGAGUGCUUGUGGCGUUGGUCGUAUCGUCAAUCUUCCGCAAAUCAUCGUCGUUGGUGAUCAGUCCGCUGGCAAGUCAUCCGUUCUUGAGGCUAUUUCCCAUGUUCGCUUUCCAGUCCAAGGAAAUCUUUGCACAAGGUUUGCAACUGAGCUCAUUUUCAGAAGAGCUAAUGAGACUCGAAUCGAUGUGAGCGUCAGAUUUGAAGACAGAUCGAAACCAGCAAAGAGAUUCCAGAAGGCUGGGUUUCGUGAGGAUGACUUGGGCGACAUCAUCACGGAAGCCAAAGAGUGCAUGGGCUUUGGCAAGGCCGGGAUGGAGUUCUCCAAGGAUGUGCUCCGUCUUGAAAUCGAGGGGCCAAAAAUGUACCCACUGAGUCUCGUUGACCUUCCAGGAUUCUUUCACGUGGCUACCGAAAACCAGUCAACCAGUGGUAAAGAAACGGUCGAUCAGCUUGUCGAGAGCUACAUGCGACAGAAGAACAGCAUUAUCCUGCUGGUUAUCACUGCGAAUAAUAACCUUGCCAAUCACCUAGCCCUCCAGAAAGCUAAGAACAUCGAUCCGGAACGACGACGAACCAUUGGUGUCAUCACGAAGCCUGAUUUGACUCGCCCUGGUUAUGAUGCUGAGAAGGAAUACAUCAAGCUGGCCAAGAACCAGGAAGCCGCGCAUAAGCUGCAGCUCGGGUGGCAUGUCCUGCGUAACAGGGCUGAAGAUGAGGACAGCUUGGAAGGUCGAGACCAGGUCGAAGACGCAUUCUUCCAGAAGGGCGCUUGGGCGACUAUUCCCUCCGAAAAUCGUGGCAUUGUGAGUUUGCGAAAGAAGCUCAGUCAUGUGCUCUAUAGUCACAUUCGCAACAGUCUGCCUGGAGUUAUUACAGACAUCGAAACGACGCUUAGAGAGCGACAAGAGGAACUUGAUCGUCUUGGAAAAUCUCGAUCCACUCAAGAGGACCUCAGGUCUUUUCUCCUUGGCAUUGCCAGUGACUUUCAGCGGCUCGCCAGAGAUGGCAUAUACGGCCGAUACAAUGACGAAUUUUUCGGUGGUUUACAAGACGAUCACCGAAAGUUGCGGGCACAGCUGCGGAACUUCAGCCGAGCUUUUGAUCAUAUCCUUCAAACUAAGGGGUCGACUCAUGUCACCGUCUCAGAUGAUGACAGUGAUUAUUCGGAUGGUGACGACAUCCCCGGGUACCUAGAAGAGUUUCUGGAACGUUAUCCAUACAACCCUCCCGAGCCGAAGAAAAUCACGAGACGCGAGCUCGCUGAGCAACUUGAGAAACAAGCCGCUGCCAAUCAAGGGCUGGAAUUCCCAGGAACUCCAAAUAAGGAUCUUGCCAUGCAACUCUUCAAGCAACAAGCAGCACCAUGGAGAGGUAUUGCCGAGUCACAUGUCAAGCUGGUAACGACCGUUGCAAAGGCUUUUGUUGAUCAGGUCUUUGAGUAUGUUGUUGGAUCCCCACGGACGAAUCGAACUACUGAGGUGAUCCUGUCAACCUGCGUCGACCCAUUCUUCGAUGAAAAGGAAAAGGUGCUUCAGGAGAAGAUCAACGAGCUCCUGAGACCUUAUAUUCAAGGUUACGCACUUCCUCUUGACUUGUUAUUCUACGACAUGCUAUCAAAAACCUCAAACGAAAAGCUAGAGAGACGCAUUUCAGCUAUUCUACAGCAGAAGUAUCCGCACAUAUACGAGAGUAACGUAGCUAAGACAGGCGAGACGAGCAAGAAAGCUGACUCUAAAACAAUUGCUCAAGACAUCAAUGAGGAAUAUGACCUUGAAGAUAGUGAGUUUGGAAUCAACAAAGUCAUAGACAUGAUGUUGACAUAUUAUAAGAUGUCUCUGCGCACCUUCACCGACAAUGUCAUCAACUUGGCGGUUGAAAGUUGCCUCGUGUAUGAUAUACCAGAUAUCCUCACACCCACAAAGGUAGAUCGGAUGAGUAAGGAAAGACUUGAGGAGUUGGCCGGUGAAUCGGACGAUACAUCGUCUCGAAGAAAGAGCCUGCAGGAAGAGGUCAAGAUCCUCAGACAAGGGUUGGCUCAAUGCCGGCGAUAUAAGCCAAGAGCAGUAACACGUAGGUCACACGGCUCAGAAACUGAAUCGUUAUGA